AUGUUCACCUUUAGUUAGCAAUUACUAAAUUUAUUUGAAGGUUAAGGAAUAAAUAGCGAAAUCUAGUAAUAUUUUCCUCAAGGAGAAUGGGUGACUAGUCCUUAUUUUAAAAAUUAAACUUAUGAACAAUUUUAUAGAAAUUUGACGGCUUUCUUUUUAUUAAUAGAAAAAUAAAAAAACCUUCCAAUCUCCAAUUAACAAAACUAUGUUUCUUUAUCAAUGUUAUUUAAUGAUCAAUUUAAUCAAAAAGAGUUUAAAUUACAAAAUGUAGCCAUUUAAAUGUAAUCAGCAGCACAUUGGCUUCAACUCUAUAUGAGAGUAAAUUUAGUUCCUUCCAAUAUUGUGUUCUAAUAUGGUAAUAAAGAUCACUAAAAGGUUAAAAUAAUGAUGCUGACACUAUAAUCAGAACCAAGGCAAUCAUAUAUUUUUGGACUCUAAAAACAAAUAAUGCAAUGCAAAAGUUGUUCGUAGUUAAAACACAUACAAAAUUAAAAAAAACCAGAAUUGAAAUUCAAUAUUUAACAAUAACCAACUGUUUAUCUUGAUAAUAAGUAAAAUCUAGUGCAAAAAGGAUUGUAAGUGUAGAAAUAAUAACUGAAGAUUUAAUAAUUUGGUAAUCAUUAACCCAUCCAUGCUUAAUAGGUAUUGUUACCAAACCCUUAAUCACAGCCUCAGGAAAAUAAUCAAGACCAACCCUUUCAAGCCAACCAAGGAACUGAAGGAAUCUAAGUUCGAACAACAUAGUAGAUUUCUGAGAUUUCAGCUAUGAAAUUAGCUCGACCAAUCAAAACAAAAUUAAAAUUAUCUAUCUCUAAAGUUAAACAAAAUGUAGAAAUUUUGUGUGAUGCCUGUAAUGAAAGAUACCAAGAAAGUCCAGAUUAAUAGAUUUGUUUGCCUUGUUGCCGAAGAAUUGUUCAUAAAAGUUGCAUGUUAUAAGAACUUGAAACAAAUUAAGAGAUCUUAUCCAAUAUGAAAUGUAGGUUUUGUCAAAAAAUUUUUGAAAUAACUUUCUUGAAAUAAAAUAUUCGUUCGAAUAUUUUUAAAGAAAAGUAAAAAGAAUUAGUAUACUAUGUUGAAUGCUGCUCUUGCUCAGGGACAAUAGUUGUCUUCCCUUAAUAAAGAAAGUAGCCUAUUCGAUUGGAAUGUAAAAUAUGCAACACAUAUAUUUGCUCAAAGUGCUUAUUAGGUUUUCAUGGAUCUGAUUAACUUUGUUAAGAGAAUAAAAAUAAAUUUUAAAGAUAGAAGACUGAAUGUCUUAUUACUAGCGAUGGAAUAGAUAGCAUAACUUGUGAUUAAAGUAAAAUAGAUCCUUUGUCUGUAGACAGAAGCUCAAUUCUAUAAGUUGGUAAUGCUCCAAACGGAUAAGGUACAAUAAUUCAAGAGAGAGUAAAAAUUUUUGAAUUUUGUUAGUAGACCACAGAUAAUUAGAGUUCUAUUCCAAAUGAACUUGAGACUAAUAAAAAGAAAAAAGGGUUUUGA